AUUAUUAGAUAAAUGAUUUUUUUUGUGUAGCGAGUAAACGCAUUUUUUAACGGCAAAAUAUAUAGUUUUACACUUUUUAUAUUCUUGUACAACAGAGCUUUUCGCUUUCCGUACUUCCUACUUGGCUCAAGCAGCGAUUUGUUGUUGUCAUGGCGGCGACAGUUUAAAUUCACGGAGUACUUUGGACAAUUUAAAUGCAUCACUUUAGAUAUUGUAUAUAACUUUUAAAAUAGUUAUUUUCUCAUAUCUGGUCUGAAGAUAUACAUACAUUUAUGGUUUGAGUUCAUUCUUGUACGUUAUUCUCUAAACAACGGUGAUAGCUAUUUUGAUGCUAAUUGGAGACAACAUGGCAAUCCCUUUCGCUACAAUGAGAGAAUAGGUUUUAAAAAUAGUGGCGCCAUGAGUUCCAUUGAACAACAAACUCAUGGUAAGGAAUGGGUUGUUUUGCCUUCAAACCGAAAGACCCAAAUGGAUGACUGUUCAACAAAUGGGACGUCCCAAAACAAGCUAUUGUUCAAUGAGGCCGUGCCGCCCAGCAUUAAGAACCGUGCCACAGCCGUGGGUCCUCCGGCUGCCAUAGUCAUCGAGAAGCUACUCCCCUUGCCAUCCGACGAACAACAGAAGGAUACAGAUAGUGUGAAAAGCUCGAUCAAUUUUACCAUGAUCUCCGAGGAGAAGCUUCGAGCUGCUGUAGAGCUAGCCAAGAGGGAUUUGCAGCGCCUCCGUUUCCGUGCAAUGUGUGGCGCUGACCCCCCGGAGGACGCCUCCAUGAUAGACGUUAGCAAUGUGACCUUGCCUCGGGGAACGACCAAAUUGAGUGUGAAGGACAAAAUGACGAGACCUGGAUCCAAACAACCAGCGUCCAAGCGGAAUCCAGUUCCUUCCAAGCGAAUUGGUCGUCUGUACACCUCAUCAAGCCCAGCAGCAGGUGUGGACCAGCACUAUCUCUUAAGGCAGGAGGUCUAUAAGCUUCAGAACGAGCUUGAAAGUCUUAAAAAGGGCUUGAAUCCAAAAGUAAACCGGCUUGGACACAAAAAACCAGAGGACGCAACUAAGGAACCACCCGUGGUGUCCAGGAGGCACAUUCCUCGUCCCUCCUCAAAGAUAAUCAACAGGCCAACAGAUGUCCCAGACAACAGACGGGACAUGUUGAUGCUGCAAAAUGAGCUGCUGAAGCACUCAGACAACGCAUUUGCACAGGAUGGAACAUCCAAUUGCGGUGUGGCCUUCACUCCGAAGAAACACACAGAUAACCAAAAUGCUCCUGUUGUUUCCAAGUCAUUUUGUGUGCAAGAUCUGCCUAUAACCGUGGGCCAACAGGAUCACGUAAACCAGGAGAUGCACAAGCUGGACGCAGAGCUGGAAAAUUAUAUUAGGCAAGUGGAAAAACUGUCUGACAGACACACGUUACGUGCUCAAAAUGAGCACAGUGAGGAAGACGAACUGGAACCCAGUGAGCGCCAGAAGCUGGAGCUGCGCUGGCAGAGAGAGUGUAAGCGCGCAGCACGAAGCAUCUACGCUCUUCAACAACAGAUUAAAGAAAUACAGAGGUAUAUAGAGAAGCUACACAACCAGGACAUAUGGGAUGCUAAAAAGUCCACAGCCAUACAGCGUCUUGCAGGUGUCCAUCGUAGCACGCGGAAAGCCUUGCAAGCAAUUACCCGCCAGCUCGCCGAGCAGUAUCACAGCAAGCUCCCGUCACAUUGUGGAAGCCUUAGCCGGCUCCUUUGUCAGCUCACUCUGUGCUCGGCUAGAAUACAAGUGGAUCCGGGCUCGCCCAUGCCCGAGAUGGCGGCUGACAUCCUGCGUAAGCUCGAAAUUUUGGACUGUGCCAUCAGCAAACAUGAGAUACAGCAAGCUUUGCAAAUCCGUGCUUGUCCUCCACAAAGAAAGCAGUCCACUUAUCCCUGUAUGUUGCCCACCACCAGAGCACCAAAGGGAAGCGGCGCAGCUCGUGGACUCCCCAAAAGCGCCAAUCAACCGAGAAGUUACCACGCACGGAGAAUGAUGACAAAUAAGCGGCGUGAACUGGACCGGUCGGCCAGCCUGAAGAGGGCGCCACAGCAACUCAAAAAAUCCCCUAGCAAAAAGGAGCACCAACCUCCAAAAGUGAAGGAUGCGCAUUUCAAGGAGCCAACUGUGUCCUCUCGUCUCCGAGUCAAUCAGCCUCCUCACAGGGAGCCAUCGGUGCCGUGGAUACCGGCGUCAUCGCACUCACUCUCUCCGCCACGCUCUCAUCACAAGGCAACAUCAGAGCCCAGGUGCCUCUCGUCGCCUGUCAAGCCAUCAUCAUCCUCGAGCCUACAAAAACCUUCUGUAGGGUUCAGUGAAGAAGUCCACUUGAGCUCAGAAACUAAUCAACAAGCCCAGAAGGAAGCAUUAAGAGGCGCGUGGUUGGAUAAGACGACCAUGCAGCGACUGGAGGACCUUAACCAGCUAACUCGAGAGGAGGCUCUACGCAUUGAACGACUGAGGGCCGAGGCUGUCUCGCCAACUGAGUGGGCCAAGCAAGCCGAGCAGCAGGCACGAAUGAAAAUCCGCCCUCUUCUGGAUGAGGCCGAGCAUCUUGCCGAAUCUUGGAGCAGGAGCAGGUUGUCGUUGGGGAAUAGGCCGUCAGAGCAGCAUGCAAAGAGGGGUGCUGAGAGAGGCGAGCAGACUAGUGAGAUUCUUCCGGGAGAUCUCCUGGAGGAGGCAGCACAGCACGUUCUGCAAGCCCCCACACUAGAGGGAAUGCUGCAGCGCAUGGAGGAGAUACAGAGAGACCGGGAGGAAGUGAGGAGACGAGUUGCCUCGAUCAACUAUUCAGAAGCUCCUCAGUGGGAGCAAUCAGCAGGCUCUCAGGUCCAGAUUUUGGGCUCAAGGCCAAGUUCUCCACAGCCAAUUCGACUAACCAGACCAGUUCUGAGGCAACCUACGGUCGCUGAUAUUGUUGUUAAAGAACCUGUGGAAAGAGGAAUCCUCUCUGAGACCAGCAGCCUUUUAGAGGAGGCAUCCCGGGAAGAAGGUCUACCGAUAUUCCCUGUUCCACAGGAGGGUGGUGAGGCAACCACGGUCUUGAGUGUACCGGCUGGCAUCCUGGACAGCAUUCGACACUACCAGGAUGACUAUGAGGAAUACCUUCGCCGCUCGGCUCAUGAGCACGGCAGCGGUGAUGUCAACUUCUGGUCCUGCGCAGACAGCCUAGCAGACGAGUUGUUGCAGGAUGCGGUGGCUGACGUGGCGGCUGAGUUCCAGGACGUGAUGGAGGAGUGCGCUGAGGCUGUCUUCACUGCUGAGUUCCUGCAGCUGAUCCACUCACCUCGCAUUGCAUCCUCUUCUUCAGUCAACCAAUAGAUGCCCGUGUGAAGUCUGC